GAUUAUCGCUACGGUAUAAAUAAAACAGGUUUACAUCUGCCAAUGGGACCAUUAACACUGUUCAAUACGUUAGACUGAGACAGCGAAAGACAUGCAGCAAGUUGUCUUAGGAUUGGGAAUUGUACUUCUAGUGGCGCUAAUUGUGACAACGUCGGCCAAGCCUAAUGAUGUAAGAGGUACACGGAAGGAGAAGCACAACCUCAAAAAGAAAGCCGCGACAAUAAAUAGGCAGAGUCAUUCGAGCGAAGAUGAAAAGGAUGAAGAAGAGAAGGCUUCUAAAAGAGCUCAAAUGGAUUCCACGACUAAACAGAGACGCGCUAAAGAGGAAGAUGUGAUCAUUAACAACAAUGCAGAGGGUAGUCGCUUUAGAAAUGCAUUGACAUCAGAUUCAGAUAGUUGGUACAACCCUGGUGUAAUUGGCACACAGACAAUCUAUUAUCGUUUAGCGUUCUCAAACGAACCUGUAAAGACAAAACUCGAAACAGCGAUGAGAAUCCUGGAAGCCUACGCUGCAGAUUUCAAUAAUGUUAACUGUUUUCAAUUCGUCAACGAUGAAUGGGCGUCACAAACCGAAUUCUUCACAGUAGUCUAUGACUCUGGUGUAUCUGGAUGCUCCGCAAAUGUGGGGAAAACGGGAGGAAGUACACUAAGAUUAGGUGCGUAUUGCGCGACUCAAAAUGGCAUGCUGCUACACGAACUGCUACAUGUUUUGGGACUUGGGCACGAACACAUUCGUCCCGACAGAGAUACUUACAUUGACGUAAAUUACAACAAUAUCCAGGCAGGCGCAACUGUGAAUUUCCAAAAGUAUUCCUGGUUGGGGCGAGUAUUUGAUACAAAUUAUGACUACUGUAGCAUUAUGCACUACAACCCCUACUUGUUUGCUAUUGAUUACAAUAUUAAGACAAUCUCACCUAAGCAGUACACUGUACCUCCGUGCCCCGGGGGUGGAGGUAUCGGACAGAGAGUUCAACCAACUGAUACGGAUAUAUACAAGGUCCAGAGGCUGUAUCAGUGUACAGUUACUAAAACCCCAUGCCCACCACCCGAACCACAAAAAGUGAUUUACUGUCCAUUUGAGUCUCAUAACGACUGGCCCUGGGAUAAUUGUGAUUUCAAAGCGUCUGGAUCUGCCGCAAUAAUUCACCAAUCAGCGCAGAGUGCCGGUAGUUUAGAUCCCUUUGCCGAGAUGACGUUUUGGGGCACUGAAGGCAAGGGCAAAUACUUGAAGGCUGAUGUUGCAAAUUCGUUCAAUGGAAGUGUUGGAUUAUAUACCUCCCCUGUACUGUCAGCGGGCGAUUAUUGCAUUCAAUAUGAGUUCUUUAUGGAGAACACGCUUUCGCCUCUCAAGGUUUACACAGUACUCGCGGCGGAUGGUGUUACGCGAGGUGUUACGCAAAGCGUUACUUAUGAUCCAAAUGCUGAGUGCUACGGGGGUUCAGGUCCGUUGAAAGAAAUAUAUGAUUGGCUGUCUAUUGACUACUGCGAUAACUCAAUUAAGAAAAUAUCUGAACCAAAUGAUUUCAAGGUGGUAUUUGAAGUUGAUGUUAACAAAGCAUCAUCCCAAAAUGUCAUCCUUGAUGAGGUCAUUAUACGUCAAAAGGACCCGGAUGUGGAUUGCGAAUGGCAGUGGCUCACCAUAGAUGAACUCAAUAUGGUCUGUCCGGGCUCUGUGGCAAUUGUUGAUGUCCAAUGCCCCGGAUGUAUUGAUGACUCGUGGUACUGUACUCCCCAAUGUUUACAAGCGAUUGCAGCGUCCUGCUAGCUAGAUCUCAAUAUUGAUGUACUGUAAAUCAAAAUAAAUUCUAUAAAUUAAUAC